AAUCGAAAGGAAGUAACAAAAGGAUUCAACAUGCUGAAAGCCCUCGUGAUCUUCUUCGGCCUCUUGGCCCUAGCCAUUGCUGCCUCCUUGGGCACCGCCAGAAGCGAUGUCACCACCGUGUGCCAGUCCGAGGACGAGUUGUGGGGCAGCGAGGACAUUCGCAAGUUCUACUUUUGCCUGGAUGGCGAAGUAAUUGCCGAUCAGUGCGACGAGGACUAUUACUUCGUGAACAAUGCCACCGUCUCUGGCUGCCUGCCCGCCGACCUAAUAAACCCCUCCUGCGUGAAUACUGAGUCCAAGGUUCCCUCCUGCACCGAUGGCACCCAGUACCAGCCUCAGCCGUGCAGCAACCUGACCAACUUCUACGUCUGCACCAACGAGGGCGUCAAGGAGCUGCCCUGCGAGAACGGCAAGGCCUUCGUGGAUGCCGGCGGAUACCUCGGCUGCUUCCCGUGGACCCAGUGGCGCUCGUUGCGCAACUGCACCGACGGCUGAUUAAUUAUAGUUCUCCAGCGACCACUUAUCGCGAUUAAAAGUGUCCGAAUUGAAAUGUUAUUAACUUAAAAUUGAUUGGAAAAUAAUUGAUAUAUGAGCGGCGGUC